GGAGCGAGCAGGGCAGCCUCUGAGUCGAACCGAGUCCAGGUUUCGUGAGGGACGCGCCAAGUUUUGCCCGGGCGCGCGUCGGCGAGGAACCCCAGGAACAUACAGGACCUCUCAGCAGCCCAGCAUCUGCUACUUGUUGGAAAACUGUUUGCUAGAGAAGGGAAGCUACUGACCUCAAAAGGAAGAAAUGAACUCUACAGAAAUCCCCAUCCAGACAGAGAUGAUAGACAUGGUGCCAAAUGGAAAACAUUCAGUAUUAAAUACCUCUUCCAUAGGAAAUGAUAGAUUUGAUGAGAACCAGCCAAAUGUAACCGAGAUAGAGGAGUUUCUUCCACAUGGUGCUGAAAAGAAACAGACCCAUUUCACUGAUUUUGAAGGGAAGACUUCUUUUGGGAUGUCUGUUUUCAAUCUCAGCAAUGCCAUCAUGGGCAGUGGGAUCCUUGGGCUGGCAUAUGCUAUGGCCAACACUGGCAUCCUCCUCUUUCUAUUCCUCUUGACUACUGUAGCUCUCUUGUCCAGCUAUUCUAUACAUUUGCUGCUUAAAUCAUCAGGGAUUGUUGGAAUCCGAGCCUAUGAGCAAUUGGGUUACAGAGCCUUUGGGACACCAGGGAAAUUGGCAGCUGCCAUUGCUAUAACACUACAAAACAUUGGAGCAAUGUCAAGCUACUUAUACAUUGUGAAGUCUGAACUCCCUCUGGUCAUCCAGACCUUCCUCGCCCUGGAAGAGAAAACAACGGACUGGUAUCUGAAUGGAAAUUACCUGGUAAUCCUGGUCAGUGUCACCAUUAUCCUUCCUCUGGCCCUUAUGAAACAACUGGGUUAUCUUGGUUAUGCCAGUGGGUUUUCUCUCAGCUGCAUGGUCUUCUUCCUCAUUUCGGUCAUUUACAAAAAGUUCCAGAUUGCUUGUCCACUUCCUGAGCGGAUCAGCAACAACACAGGGGACCUGAAUUAUACCUUGAUUAGCACAAGCAGCUAUCAAAAUGAACACACUACUGUGCAGGCCAUAGAGGAAGACAUUUGCUCUCCAAGUUUGUUCACACUCAAGUCUCAGACAGCCUACACCAUCCCUAUCAUGGCAUUUGCUUUUGUGUGUCAUCCUGAAGUCCUUCCUAUCUACACUGAGUUGAAAAACCCAACUAAGAAGAAGAUGCAGUGUAUCUCCAACAUUUCCAUCACAGUCAUGUAUGUUAUGUACUUCCUGGCUGCCCUAUUUGGUUAUCUCACAUUUUAUGGGCAGGUAGAAUCCGAGCUGCUUCACACCUACAGCAGAGUAGACUCACUUGAUGUGCUGAUCUUGUGUGUACGAGUAGCUGUGUUGAUUGCUGUGACACUAACAGUGCCCAUUGUUCUCUUUCCGGUACGCCGUGCAAUCCAGCAGAUGCUUUUUCCAGAGAAGGAUUUCAGCUGGAUUCGGCACAUUAUCAUUGCUUUUCUGCUGCUGACAUCUAUUAAUUUGCUUGUUAUUUUUGCUCCCUCCAUCUUGGGAAUCUUUGGCUUAAUUGGUGCCACCUCAGCUCCUUGCCUGAUAUUCAUCUUUCCAGCAAUAUUCUACAUCCGGAUCAUGCCCAAAGACAAGGAACCUAUGAAAUCCCUUCCCAAGAUCCUGGCAUCCCUCUUUGCGUGCCUCGGGGUGCUCUUCAUGAUCAUGAGCCUCAGCUUCAUCAUCAUCGACUGGAUGUCAGGUGGCCUAAAGAGUGGAGGCAGCCACUAGGCAACGUUUGGAGCCCCGUGAUGCACAACGAAGCCUUGGGAGACUCAACUGGCUUGGAUCCAUUUCCUGCCCCUGCCCUGUGUUAGUACCGUAUCAUUCUUUAAUCCCUGGCUACAUUCUGAGCCACGGGUGCUAUUCCUCACACUCACACAGCCAGAGGUGCUGCAGGCCGGACUAGACCAGAAGCCAAUCUCUUACUUUCUCUCUGGGCAUUUGAUUUUCUCUCAAAGUCUGGGAUCGGCUAGGCUAACAGAAGUCUAAAUGAGCACAUAAACUGGAAAAAUAAGCCCACUUCAAGGGAAAGGGAGGGGAAGCUACUAUGAUACACAGUAUAUCUUCAGUUCUAUAUGUCCAGUCCAGCUGGCCCACAUUGAGGGGACUCAAAAGUCAGCAGGACCAGAAGAAAAUGGAGCAACUGUGCUAAAUAACUUGGAUGUAGGGCUCUCACUUGACACUCACUACUGAAUGGUUGACUUGGGCCAAGCUUUAUAUUAUAUGAAUAUUACACUGAGGCUACAGAAUGAAAAGCUAAGGCUUUUUAAAACUCAAAGGGGUUUAAGAAAGAAAUAAUAUUAUUUCCUUUUUUAAAAAAAAUAUUGGUCACAAUCCCAGCUCUAACUACAGAUCGUUAAUUCUCCUCAAAUGUCACUUGGUAGGCCUGACUUUUUUCUCUCCCUUACACUGGUUCAGUUUCCUUGUCUGCCCUUUACAAUGAAUUCCUUGCCGCUUUUUAGGUAGCUGCAGGUCUUAGAGUAGGAGACAGGUUAAUGGGGGCAUAUUGGCAAACUACAGGCCUUUCGAACUACCAGUUGUGAUGGGGUGAAGAUUUGCACUGGUUUCCAAGGAUCCAUUUACAUGUUCUGAAUUAUUCUGAGGUAUUUGAAGCAGAGAAGAGAUGAUGGCACUGGAAAUUGGUCAACGUAGCUCUCUCUUCUUAUAUGGAACUGAGCUUUAGUUUGGAUUGGAGAUGGUCCUAUUGUUCAUGUCUUCAAAGCCUACUUUCUGUCUGUUUGUUCCGCUGGGAAACAAUAAUCACAGUUUUAAGAUUCUAUGUUAAUUGGACAUGUUAAAAAAAUUAUUCAUCACUUGAUGCUACACAAAUGAACCAUGCUGGCUGGGGAAUUCUGGGAGUUGCAAUACUAAAACUUUUAGUUGACAUCAUACGUGGGAAGACUAGCUUUCAGGAUUCAUCCAUGAUUUAAAACAUGAAAUUAUAAGGCCUUGAACAGAAAAGUAUAUGUCAUCUGAAUAAUGGAUGACAUACGGCAAGCAGGAUUUUAUGAAGCUAAGAUGACUUUAGAGUGUUCAAAUUGUGGAAGACUUUAAUGAAAAACAUAGUAAUCAAAACUGAUAUAACAUUCCAAGACUGGAAAAUUCCAUUUUUCCUCCCUGUUAUUAAUACCUGUUUUACAUUGUACUUAGAGCCUAGUCUUUGCAACAGGGAAACACAAAUGCAAUAGGUUCUUUCUGAGAAGAUUUGAAGGAAGAUCACGAGGCUAGUUGUAGUGCUGCAUCGGUAACUUGUGAAAAUAUUUUGAAGCUUUAGGGGUACUCUGAUGGUUCCCAGGUAUAAACAGUCAUCUCUAGUCUGAAUGUAUAUUAUGUUUAGUACUUAGCCCUAAUAUAUAAUCCUUAUUAUGCAACAAGAAGCGAUAAUGAUUUUUGCAAAAUUGUCCUACUCUUCUGUCAUAAUCCUGAAGAACAUUUUUCAUACCUUUCAACAUUCAUCAGACAAGAGUAGCUCCUCUGGUUUUAUAGGAAGCAAUGAACUACUCAUUAACAAUACUAAGCAAAUGAAAUGGAAUACAUUUCUUCCCUGUUGCCUUAUAGAUGGCACUUCAAGUCAAACUCUGGUCGAGAUUUUAAAGAUGCACUUUCUGCCCUGGAUUAUAAAAACAUGCUUUUUUGUGUUGUACAAACCCAAUUGCACCAUGCAGAACAUUUCAGAACUUAGUAAGUAGCAGCACUUUUCCUCCCAAUAUUGAUCUGUAUUGGAUCAAGAAACUUAGCAUUCCUGCAUCGUAUUUUCCAAAAGUAUAUGCUCUCCUGUAGUGUACAAAUUCAUGGAGAAUUGUGCUUAUACAGGUACCACAAUGAUGGAAUAGGCAUCUCGGAACAGGUGGCCUUAGCUUUCCAUUCCAUGUCGGAUGUUUGGAUAUUCAGCUAAAGUUAACCAGAUAGCUGUGUUUCUGGGAGUACAAUCUCAGACUGAAAUAAGGUGCCUGCAGGAAUGCCUGAGAUGGAAAACACUGGACCUCUUGUGUUAGAACACUUAGGCAGUGAAAGGACUGUAGCUUUCUUCUGCUAUUAGCUAUGCACAACAGCACUUCAUGUAGGCCCUGUAUGGGGUACAGUACCAAAAUCCCUCACUUUCUAUGCACAUUCACUUUCUGCGCACUUUCAGCAAUAAUGUUUCUGGCAUUCCUGGAGUAACUGGAGCAGAAUUGCAGGGUGGGGGAUAAUUAUAGUGUCACAGAACUAUGUUGGAAUGUAGCAUUCACUCAGUUAAUGUGACACAUUGAAGUGGCUUGUCAAUUCUAGUGUCACAGUAUAUAAAAGGCACUAGUUGAAGCUUUACUGCCCUCUGCCGUGGCUUGUGAUUCUUGCAGCUUCCAAUAAUUUGCACCUUGAAAAGCUAGUAACUUUAUUCUUUGAAUUGUCUCAAAGACUGAUUCAUACACAAAAACCUUCCAAAAUGGGACACAUUGCAAACUGU